AUGGCUGCUAAAAAUGAUGGUUGCUUAGAUCCAAAAGAAUUCUUGAGUAAAACCUCUGAAUUUUUUGAAAACGCCUCUAAGAAUAAUAUAAAUGUCAGAUUAACAAUGAAGAGAUUAGUAGAACAUGAUGCUGUGGAGGGUAAUAAAGAAUUUAAUAUGACAAAAUUCCCACAUUAUGAUAUCUCUAAGAGAACAAAUAAUUUAAAGCAGUAUAAAGACAUUUCUACCGAAGUUUAUCCCUUACUAAUAAGGAUAUCCUAUGGUUCAGGAGAUCAAAAGCAUAAAUGUUCAACUAAAGUAAACUCAGAUAAUCUUGAUUCAUUUUGGCAAAACUAUUCAAGUAUUGUUAGAAAGCAUAUGACAGGUUUGAUCAAAAAGAAAAAGAAGUCAAAGGCUGGCGAAAACAAGGAUAAGAAAUCCAAGGGUAAGAAGAAGAGCAAAGGAAAGAGUUUAAGAAAAUAG